GACAAACGGCACCAAUCAAAGCUGGAUGCAUUUCACACCAACGAUGCCAUUACAUCAGCGAAUAUGAUAUGAUGGCGAGGUCCUCUGGGGGACAGACUCCGGUCCAUUAGUGCGGCUGGAUGUCUCGUCGGUGCUCCAGAUGUCCAGAAGGACCGUCCUCAGAUCGCACGCGCCUCCGCCGCGCGGACCGACAAAGUGAAGCAAGAACUGAAUCGUUUUCUUAUUUUUGACCCCGAAAUUCACGCGCGUGGACCCUGCUCAUUGAGAUUUGAUUUUCACGUCAUUAUCAAACGAUAUCCUGUAUGACUGAACCUUCAUCUAGUGCAUUUUUCAUCAGCUGGGUGUUUUUGAGAUGUCUCGCGCAUCAACGCCCAUGAGAUGUUGAUUCACAUCAGUGCCGCGCGUGUUAUUUUCUCUCGUCGAGGAGAGAAAUGCAAACAGACGGCAACUUUUAACAUCUGCUUCGUAUAUGACACGAAAAAGCACGGGUUUGAAACCGAAAUAGAUUAUUGUGUCCAUCUUAAAGGUGCACGAAUCAGAUGAGGGACUCUUUCCAGAAGACACUUGAGUUGCCUACACGUGAACGAACGCAGAUGUGACCGCGGGUUUUCACAGACGUACAACAUGAGCGAUACUAUGGAUGAUUCCGGUAUUAUCCGCCGAAGGAGGAUGCAGAAGGAUCUUCCCCUGCCCAGGAAGAACAGUAGUUGUCGCACCAGUAACAGGAAGAGUCUGAUCCUAACCAGCACAUCUCCCACCCUACCACGCCCGCAUUCUCCUCUACCAGGACACAUAGGAAGCAGUCCGUUGGACAGUCCCAGGACGUUUUCGCCCAGCGCUCCAGCCCAUUUCUCCUUUGCAUCUUCCAGAAGGGCUGAUGGCAGGCGCUGGUCUCUGGCCUCUCUUCCUUCUUCUGGAUAUGGAACCAACACACCAAGCUCAACGUCUUCCAGCUCGUCUCAGGAGCGGCUGCAUCAGUUGCCCUUUCAGCCCACGCUGGACGAGCUGCACUUUCUGUCCAAACACUUCGGCAGCACAGAGAGCAUCACCGAUGAUGAUGGACGGCGGUCGCCGCAUGUUCGGCCGCGCUCUCGCAGUCUCAGCCCCGGGCGCUCGCCUUCCUGCUAUGACAAUGAGAUUGUUAUGAUGAACCAUGUUUAUAAGGAGCGGUUCCCUAAGGCCACGGCUCAGAUGGAGGAGCGCUUGGCUGAUUUCAUCGAGACGUACUCGCCCGAGAACGUGCUGCCGUUGGCCGACGGGGUCCUCAGUUUCAUUCACCACCAGAUCGCCGAGCUGUCCCGAAACUGCCUGACCAAAUCUCGCGAGGGCCUCAUCACCACCGUUUACUUCUAUGAGCUGCAGGAGAACCUGGAGAGGCUUCUGGAUGAUGCUUAUGAGCGAUCAGAAAGUACAGAGCUGACCUUCAUCACAGAGCUGGUGAAGAAACUCUUCAUCAUCAUCUCUCGUCCCGCCCGGCUGCUUGAAUGCCUGGAGUUCAACCCGGAGGAAUUCUACCAUCUGCUGGAGGCUGCUGAAGACCAUGCUAAAGAAGGACAGUUAAUGAAAGCGGACAUCCCACGAUACAUCAUCAGUCAGCUCGGAUUGACCAGAGAUCCGCUGGAAGAUAUGGUGAAUUUGGAGAGUUAUGACAGCGAGGGACCACACACUCCUGAAACUGAUGACUCCGCAGAAGGGAAGCUCAAAGCCAUGAAACCUCCAUGUGAAUCAGACUUCCAAACUAUCAAACUCAUCAGCAAUGGAGCGUAUGGAGCGGUAUAUCUGGUCAGACACAGAGAGACACGGCAGCGCUUCGCCAUGAAGAAGAUCAACAAGCAGAACCUGAUCCUGCGGAACCAGAUCCAGCAAGCGUUUGUGGAGCGGGACAUCCUGACCUUCGCAGAGAAUCCCUUCGUGGUCAGCAUGUUCUGCUCAUUCGAGACACGCCGGCACCUGUGCAUGGUUAUUGAGUACGUGGAGGGAGGCGACUGUGCGACCCUUCUGAAGAACAUCGGAGCUCUGCCUGUGGAGAUGGCCCGGAUGUAUUUUGCCGAGACGGUGUUGGCGCUUGAAUACAUUCAUAAUUAUGGCAUCGUACAUCGGGAUCUCAAACCAGACAAUUUGUUGAUCACAUCGAUGGGUCACAUUAAGCUGACGGAUUUUGGACUGUCAAAGAUGGGGCUUAUGAGUCUGACCACUAACCUGUAUGAGGGACACAUUGAGAAGGAUGCCAGAGAGUUCUUGGACAAACAGGUGUGUGGUACACCUGAGUAUAUCGCUCCUGAGGUCAUUCUCAGGCAAGGCUAUGGUAAACCAGUGGACUGGUGGGCCAUGGGAAUCAUCCUCUACGAGUUCCUGGUGGGCUGUGUGCCGUUUUUUGGAGACACACCUGAAGAGCUUUUCGGCCAGGUGAUCACAGAUGAUAUUGAAUGGCCAGAUGGAGAUGAGGUGUUGCCUGGUGAAGCUCAGAGCCUGAUUUCUGCCCUUCUGCAGACCAACCCGCUUGUGCGACUGGGCACAGGAGGAGCUUUCGAAGUAAAGCAGCACUCGUUUUUCUCCGGAUUGGAUUGGAACGGGUUACUCAGACAAAAAGCCGAGUUCAUCCCUCACCUGGAGUCUGAGGAGGACACCAGCUACUUUGACACACGAUCCGAGCGUUAUCGGCACAUCGGCUCGUACGAUGAGGAUGACACCAAUGACGAUGAGCCAGUGGAAAUACGACAGUUCUCCUCUUGCUCGCCGCGCUUCAGCAAGGUGUAUAGUAGUAUGGAGCACCUGUCGCAGCUGGAGCAGAAGACCCCUGUAGUCACCCGCAGAGAGCACAAAGGUCGUCGUGACGACAAAAUGGCCAAGAGAGAGAGUCUAGGCAGCUUUAGCAUGAGAGACAAGAGCUGGAGGACAGGCUCGCCUGAGAUGAAACGUCUGUCAUGCUCUGAGUCUCUGUACAUGGAGGGCGACUUCAGUCCUCCGAUGGGCGCCCGGCGGCGUUUUUCAGCCCUGAUGGACACGCACCGGUUUGCCGCUCCUCAAGAGGGCGACGGAGAGCUCGCAGCACGACAGGGUGGCACUAAAACCUCCGGAUCAUCAGUUGAGGAGGUUACUGUUCCAUCAUCGCCAAAUGGUAAUGAACAGAGGAAUGCUGGGAAGGAAGUGCUAUCAGCAACUUCCAGUAUGGCGUCAGAUAAGCCAUCAAGACCAGGUGAGGUAUCAGCUCCACAGGCCAUACCUAAUGCCACAGCACUACUCUCUAGAGAUAUGAUUACCACGAGUGACCCAAUUGGUCAGCGAGCGACCAAGGAUCUGGUGAUUCGGCGAGCGCGGCAUCAGCAGCUGUCCUGUGAUGGGGAGAAACACCCCUCACGUCCCGGCAACAAGGUCAUAAAGUCUGCGUCCGCUACAGCACUGUCUGUCAUGAUUCCUGGAGUUGAGCAGCAGUUGGGUAGCUCUCCGCUGGCCAGUCCUAUGUCCCCUCGCUCGCUCUCCUCCAAUCCCUCUUCACGAGACUCCUCCCCCAGCCGUGACUACUGCCCCACGGUCACAGUUCUUCGUUCACCAAUCACCAUUCACCGGUCUGGCAAGAAGUACGGCUUCACUCUCCGUGCCAUACGGGUCUACAUGGGAGACUCUGACGUCUAUAGUGUGCACCACAUAGUCUGGCAUGUUGAGGAUGGAGGCCCUGCCCAGGAGGCGGGGCUAUGUGCUGGUGACCUUAUCACUCAUGUCAAUGGAGAAUCUGUGCAUGGAUUUGUCCAUACUGAGGUGGUAGAGCUAAUUCUUAAGAGUGGAAACAAGGUGACAGUGACCACCACACCCUUUGAAAACACCUCCAUUAAAGUAGGACCAGCUCGCAAGUCCAGUUACAAGUCCAAGAUGGCUAGACGAAGUAAAAGGCCAGUCAAAGAGGGACAAGAAAGCAAGAGGCGUGGAUCUUUGUUCCGCAAAAUAACUAAGCAGUCCAACCUGCUGCAUACAAGCCAUAGUCUGUCGUCAUUGAACAGGUCCUUGUCAUCCAGUGAAAGUCUUCCUGGCUCGCCUACACACAGCCUGUCAACUCAUUCACCCACCCAGAGUUAUCGCUCCACCUCUGACUCAACCCACCUUGGUGCCUCCUCUCAGAGCAGCUCUCCUGCCUCCAGUACCCCAAAUUCCCCUGCGACAACCCAGCACAUGCGGCCCAGCUCCCUGCACGGACUUUCCCCUAAACUGCACCGGCAAUAUCGUUCAGCCCGUUGCAAGUCUGCCGGAAACAUUCCUUUGUCUCCGUUGGCUCACACGCCAUCCCCCACUCAAUCCUCACCCCCUCCUUUACCCGGUCACACGGUGGGAAGCUCCAACACAACCCAGACGUUUCCUGCCAAGCUACACUCGUCCCCACCUAUAAUAAGACCCCGACCCAAGAGCGCCGAGCCGCCCCGGUCCCCGCUAUUAAAAAGGGUGCAGUCAGCAGAAAAGCUUGGAUCUCCUCUUACAUCCUCUUCAUCUGAGAAGAAAGGAGGACUCGGGGUGAUGAGGAAGUACAGUUUAGAUGUCGGACAUUCUGAUUUUCGCAAGGAUGGCCUCCUUUGUGAGCUGGGACUGCAGAGUUUAAUGGAAAUUGAGGGUGAGAACCUGCCAUCCGCUCCCGCAACUUCUCCUUCACCCACCCAGAAAACCCCCUCACCCCCAGAUGGUAUUUUUAAGCCGGUUAGGAAGCUGGGCAGACAGGAGUCGCCUUUGAGCAGAGAUGCUUUGCUUGCUGGGCGAGAAAAAGAACGAGAAAAGGAGAGGACUGGCGAACUGAGCCAAAUUGGGGACGUUAAAACAGGGUCGGUUAGAGACACGUUCCUUCCAGGUAGCUUUACUCCAUCUGGUGUAAGUUUAACCUCACAAGAAGGUUUCCUAGGUAAACCCCAAACUGGGCAGCCUCCGUUUACCAAAUCUUCUCCAUCCGAGUCCAAGCCUAGUGUGGUUGCCUCCACUCCAUCACCCCUGACUACGGUGUCUUCCCUGUCUGCCAAAACUACAGGUCUAAGUAAGAAGGAAGAAGGAAACGAUGCAGGUAAGAAUAGGCAUAGCCAGCAAGUGGAAACCACUAAGCCUUUAUGCUCCCUAAGCACAUCAGAUGUUAUCAGAAAAGACUCUUUAGGGAUACAAGGAGAAAAUGGAUGCUGGAGAAGAGAAGUAAAGCAGGAGGUUGAGAAGCCUUUAACUUUAAUCAAGCAAGGCGCAUCAUGUUCUGCUCCUAGGAAGACAACAAGUACUGAGACAACCAAAGCAAGUAAGGGACCUUGUGAUGUUGAGAGUCUAAAAAAGGAAGCUUUAGAUCCCCAUACCAGAACUUCAGAUGUAAGGUUGAGAACUGUUUCUAAAGGGGUUAUUCCGUCCCAUCCACCCCAGGCACAAUGCUCUGCUUUGGGCAAAUUUAGGCAAGAAAAGGGCCUGACUCCGGUCAGCUGCUACCGCGCAACGUUCGAUUGGGAGGACAAAUGUCUCUUGGAGGUUGUCGAGGAACACUCACCAUCUCCCACUCCAUCUCCAACUGGACUGACCCCAGAUCUUCCCACAUCCCAACCUCAGUCCCCUGGUGGAAGAUUUGAUUUGGCCAUCCCGUUGACCUCCACAGGGAAAUCUAUGGGGCCUGUCAAAUGUGAAACUCAGGAGGGGUCCAAGGCAAAAGACACCAUCAAACCAUUUGAGGUGACCCAGACUUGUUCACUAGAAAAGACUGAGGCUGCAUCUGGGAGUAGAGAGAGCUCCAAAUGGGGUGAUCAGAACUCUUCUAGCUCCCCUCUGCAUUUUAAGACGUCCAGUAGUAAAAAGAAUGGAUCUUGAUUCUGCAGAAGUAGAAGAUAUAGAUGCCUUUAUGGAGGGUUUAGGAGUGUUUCAAAGCACUUAAACAUUCAAGGACAUUUCUGCCAGUGAAUACUAUAACCAUAUUGCGAACAAGGGAAGAAUUCCUGCAAGUUUCUUUUCAAAAGCAAGUUUCUUGUUUAUUGUACAUUUAGAGCUUCUGAUAGGUGUAUUAUUAAAUGUGUGUUGGGUGUGUGAGAAUGUGAAUGGGUGCAUGUUCUGUGGUGCUUUUGCAAGAAGAUGAAAAAAGGCAAGUGCUUUAUCAGAUCAAACAAUGCUGAAUACUUUGAACACCAAAACAAUAUUCCUCCAUUUUCUAAUGUGACCAACUAUGAGUUCCCUCAAAAACGGAGAGGUUGGUCUCCAAAAGGUCACUAAAUAGACAUAUCAAGUUUUUGGCUAAGACAGAACAAUAUCAAAGACGCGCUGUUUCUGUAGCGUAUGUGGCUGAUUCAGUUUUUCAAACCAGAUUAGCAUAAAGUCUAUCAGUGACUGUGUGGGAUGCUUUCUAAACACUAGAUCUCUGACUCACUCUUAUACAGUUCACGCUUAGGCAAUUCUUUCAUCAUAAAACAAUAUUGAAGUUUUGUUUUGCUAUAUAAAGAGGCAGAGCACUCAAAAUUAUUGAUGUCGGUUUUAUCUUCAGAAAAAAAAAGCUCUCUUUGCAUACACUGUCAGUGUAACAAUUUGUAGAGCCUUGUUUUUCUGUGAUUACAUUCGAGCAUUGAGAAGUAGGCGAAUGCUAAAAGCUUUUCUCUAGGCAUAGACCUCUUUGAUUGAGCAUUGAGAUUUCUGUGAAAUGAAGCAUUUUAGUGCAGAUUUAAUCCAAUCUCCUACAGGCCACUGUUAUGAAGCUUUCUUGACAUAACAUAGUUGACUGACGCACCUUUCAUUUCUUUUCCGUUGGACUCCUGCAGUCUCUUUGAAAGUGAUCGUUGACCUCACCGUGACUUUGCUCUGUAUUCUCACAUUCACAACCUGAAUGAUGAUUCCUCUGCUGUAAGCUUUGUAAUUCAAUAAGAUGAGGGAAUUUGGUUAAGGGUCCAGACAAAUUUGUAAGGCGCUGUUAUGUCUAUGGAAAUGUGACUAGUCAGAACAUAAAAACUAUUACUUAAGAAUUAAGAGAUAAAUACAUAACACAACAGUUUUUUUUUUAACAAAUUCUGGCAUUCAUGAGUAGGCCCAUUUUAUGUCAAUGUUAUAUAUUUUUUUGUGAAUCUCAAAAAAAGAGUUAACAAAAUGUCCAUAGUUAAAAGAUACACGAUAGUUUUAUGUAACGCACAGACAGUUAAGAAGAAUCUUACAUUUGACUGAAAUACCACAAGGUCGCGUUCAAGUAGGCCACCGAUGGAUGCGCCGCUCUACAUUUGACAUCAUACAAGACGUCUGUUUAAAAACGACCGAUCAUCAUCAGAGAGAAUAAUUAUUUAUUCAUAACGACUCCAGUUUCACUUUGCUCUUCAUCCAAAGCUGGAGUUUGACUUCUUUCUUAUACUUUGCCUGGUUUAUUUAUCGUUCACCGCCCAAUUGCUCGCUACGUUUUGGUGUUUCAUGGAAGCAACAAAAUAGGACCUUUAAAUGGCAUAAAUGCGUUUUAGGCAGGUGUCCCAUAUUGAAGCAGCACAUAGGUAUUAGCAAACACGAAAAGGGCGAAAGGUGUCCGUAUGAUAAAUACUCUAUAGUUAUACAAGUCACAGUUGUCAUGGCAACUUGUAGUUAAGACCUAGCCUACGGUAUGUUGGCGUUUGUUCACACACACAUGCAAAGAAAAUAUGAGUAAACGUUUGGCGAAAUGUCUGUUUUAUAACACUUGGGCGUAUGCAACCUCUAUGCAAAAUAUCAUAUUUGUAAGGGAUCCAACUGAUAAUUUUGCGCUUGAUUCUAAUAUCACUAAAAGUUUAUGGUUCUUGGUCUUCAGAAAAAGCCAUUUGAGUUGAUGAUUGUAGAAGAUUCAGUAUUAUCAAGUUUUCUGAAUGAUUAAAAAUAUACAUACAAAUACAGAUUCAGCUGCUGACAAAUUCAAGUUAUCAAAUUCCAACACUUCUAUUCAAAAUAUUUCAUUAACAUAUGCAACAACAUUAUUGUUGUUAUUAUUAGACUAUUGAUUUAAUUUAUUACUGCUGUGUGUAAUCAAAACAUAUUACUCAAACGUACAUUUAUAGCUGUGGGAGGAAUAGAUUGGGCGAUACUGCCAUCUAACGGCUUACAUGUGCACCUUCACUUUGUUUUAAUUCACUACACCUUGUUUUAAUGUAGUAUAAGCAGGAGGUGAAUAGACCAAGAGUGCUUUAUUUGUAUUCCGUAAUACCAUACAGAGGUAUUUAUUUACUGUAGUAUGGUAAUGCCUUUGGAUAGACAGAUACGAAUAUCUAUUAGUCCUUCCGCAUAAUGUAUUCUCACACACUACACUCUUUCUAACAGUUGUAUCAAAGCAGAUAUUAUUUGCUGUUUCAUAUCUCGUUUCAGUGUUUGUGAAGAUUUCUAUAUAUCUAUUUAAAGCAUAAUAUGUUUAUUUAUUCUAUUAUAUAGAAACUCAACACAGGGGUGUAUGAGAGAGUUAUUGGGACGUAUCAUUAAAGUGGAUACAGUAAGUAGCAUAUGCACAAAUAAAAAACGUAAAGACUGCUCUUUGGGUGAAUGUGUUAAUAUACCAAACGCUAAGUACUUCAAAACUUGUUUUGAUACCCAUGGAUUCUAAGACGAAACAUAAGUUAUAGUCUCUUUAUUUUCUACGUUGUUUUUAGGCUGUUGUCGUUGUUUGGCCCUUUUCGAGCAUGAAUUACCGGUUGUGGUAACAGACAACACUUCACAGCCCAGAAUGUUUAUACUACGUGACUGUUAAAGUUUAUUGAAAGGUGAGAAAUUAGGAUGUUUAAUUAGGCUAUACUGUAAUACUGUGUCUUCUUAAUCAUUUUGUUUGCGCUGCAGAAUAGAUUGAACUGUGUUCUAUAGAAAACAAGACAUAAAACGUAUAUUGUACACUUGUUGAAGUACGUGUUUGUGUUACACAUUAAUCAGUUUUUGGUUAAAUAUUUUUUUUUACUUCCAACAAAAUGUUGGACAUUUUUUUUCUUCAGAAAGCACUUUAUUUCAUGCCAGAUGCAUUUUAAUAUGUUCAAUGUUAAUUUGCCCAAAGUUCUUAUCUCAUUUAUUAGAUUUAUAUUGUUUGUUUACCAUGUUUAAAGUUUACAGCAGAUGUCAGUUGACCCAUGACCCUAAGGUGCAGUGAAUCAAUUGAAUAAUAAAAAGAUAUUGUUUAAAAACA